UUGUUUAGUUUAGAGUUUAGACCACAAACGCGUUCCUAUAUAACUUAGCUAUGAAACUGAGACUGGUUCUUCUUCUUUUUCAUAGAACUAUCAAAUAAACCUAAAAAAAGCCGAAUUAAAGUCCUACGCGUGAGUUCCUUCCCUACCAAACAACAUUCUUAUUUCUGUUUUGUUUUUUAGCUUUUUCAAUUUCAACUACGUUAUUAGUACUUACUUGUUAACAUACCAGUUUUGUUUUUGUGUUGGUUCCUAUGUGAAUAUUAUAGUUUCAAGUUUCAACCUUUUAUUCAAUGGAGUUCAAAUAUCGUGCUAUCGACAACAUCAAUCCAUCAACCACGCCGCCGCGUUCUCUUCCAAGUGCUACCGCAAAUCAAGCUGUUGGCAGUUAUCCACCACCUUGGCCACCACUUUUGUAUUCUCACUGGGGCAGUGUUCGUGGUGUGAAUUUGGAUAACUUAAGUAACACCUUGCAUAUGACUAGACCCCUCUCUCAUGAGCAGUUCCCUCAUCUUGCUGCUACUAUGCCUCCACCUAUUGAAGGACACCGCAAGGGUACUAGUAGAUCAACAGUUUCAGAUGUCAAUGGCUAUAAAGAUGCAAGUGCGAGGAAAAGAAGCAGAGAUGAUGAACUCACUGUUGUCCGAGACCGAAAAGUCAGAAUAACCGAGGAUGCUUCUCUUUAUGCACUUUGUAGAUCAUGGUUGAGAAAUGGCUUAAAUGAUGAAAGCCAGCCACCACAACAUAAAGGUGUAACAUUGGCACUUCCCAAACCAUCGCCUGCAUCUAUGAUGGUUAAAUGUACCUUGAACAACAAGAAAGAUAAUGAAAAUGACAAAGAUGAACAAGAAGAGGAUGAGAAGUCUGUUGAACAUUUAUCAACACAAGAUCUAUUAAAGGGACAUAUUAAACGUGCAAAAAGGGUUAGUACACAUUUAAGGGAAGAACGAUUGAAGCGCAUUGCAAGAUACAGAAGUAGGCUUAGGCUUUUGGUUCUUCUACCGACCUCAACAGUAUAGAAAUGACAGCGUUAGAAUUAUUUAAUCUAUUAUUUUUAGGUUAAUCACUAUAUUUAAUUAAUUUUGUUUUGACUUGGUCAUACUAUGAUAGUUUGCUAUUAUUUAACUUACGUAUUUUUAAGCUAGCCGUUUUAUUCACGUUUCUUUGAACAAUGUAAUGAAUGACUUUUCCUUGCAUUUAGUCACGCAUUGAUUUGGUUUCAGUAGCAACUAUUUUUCCAUUUUGUUGGUUUCAAUUUACACUG